AAAAAAAUAAUUCAACAAUAGUUGACUGACAGCUGUCCUAACAAAUAAACACAGUUCUGGCUAUACGAAUUACCUAUCAGCAUUGGAAAGUAGGGCGGGAUUUCCGGUAUGUGACGCAAGUCAACAGCGGAGGCCCCACCCUUUGUGUUUCCUACCGCCCGUCAAUCAAAAUAGAGAAAAUUUUUGACAGUUAUUAUCUUUUUUUCUGGGCGUCUAUAAUCAACAUUAUAUACUAAUCAUGACCCGUAGUGUCUGACUAUCAGGAUUACCCAUCUACGAUAAGUCACGCGAUGACUGCCCCAGAACAGCCAAUGAAACCAGACGAAAUGGCUGCUUUGGACGUGGAAAGCAGACAAAGCGACUUUUUGCAGCAAGACGAUGGCAGCACUAAUCAGACAACAGAUCCCGUGCCUACACCGCUGACUGGGACUGAUAAGUGGGAGGUGUUGACUGCAACAGCAGCAGAAAAGGAUCAGCCUGGAUUGAUGCAGAUCCAGAGUCAAGGAAUUCUAACAUCAAAUGGACAAUAUGUUCUUCCUCUCCAGAACUUACAGAGUCAGCCCAUCUUUGUGACAUCUGGAACAGACUCUUCCUCUGCCAAUUCAGUGCCUAACAUUCAGUACCAAGUAAUUCCUCAGAUUCAGACAGCAGAUGGACAGCUAAGCUUCUCCUCGUCUGCUGUGGAAGGUGCCACUCUGAGUCAAGAUGCCACAGGACAAAUUCAGAUCUUGCCGGAUGGUGGCCAGACUCUUAGUGUGACAUCAGCUGCAAACAUCCUUAAUAACAACAACUUCAUCUCACAGACUGGUAACAUCCAGCAGAUCCAGGGGGUUCCUAUUGGUAGCUCCACCUUCAGUAGCCAGGGUCAGGUUGUCACUAAUGUGCCUGUGGGUUUGCCCGGGAACAUUACAUUCGUUCCUAUUAACAGUGUGGACUUGGACUCCCUUAGCUUGUCUGGAGCUCAGACUAUAGCAACAGGAGUCACUGCUGAUGGCCAGCUAAUUAUGGCUAGUCAGCCUGAGGAUGGCACAGAUAGCCUGGCGAAGAUGGAUGAUCACCUCUCACAGACAUUAUCAGUAAGUGGCUCAAAUGCAAAUCCGGAGAUAUUUGUGCCAACUUCUUCCUCUCAGCUGCAUGAUCCAGCAAAUGAAUCAGGUCUGCUGACACAGAACACUUCGCUUUCAUCAGUGGCUCCGGAGCAAGCUGACUCAAGUUCUGGUGCACAGGAAGGCUUUAUCCAACAGAAUCAAGAGCAGAGCCUGCAGGCAUCCUCAGCUCAGCCCGUCAUCCAUCUGCAGCAAGUGCCUGUUCACACCAGCAAUGGUCAGGUGGUCCAGUCAGUGGCUGCAGAUGGACAGAGUCUGCAAAAUGUGCAGCUGAUCAACCCAGGAACCUUCAUCAUCCAAGCACAGACCGUCACUCCUUCGGGUCAAAUACAGUGGCAGACUUUCCAAGUGCAGGGUGUGCAGAACCUGCAGAACCUCCAGCUGCCCACUACACCACCACAGCAGAUAACUCUGGCUCCCGUCCAAACCCUGUCUCUGGGUUCUAGUCCAGUCAGCAUCGGCACAGGACAUAUUCCCAACCUGCAGACAGUGACCGUCAACUCUGUGACUCAACAGGAAGGAAACACAGACUCUUCUGGAGACAUUCGCAUCAAAGAAGAGCCUGACUCUGGGGACUGGCAGCUGAGCAGUGACUCCACCCUAAACGCCAGCGAUCUCUCUCACCUAAGAGUGAGGCUGGUGGAGGAGGAGGAUCAGUUUGGCCAGGAGGGCAAGAGGCUGCGCAGGGUGGCGUGCACUUGCCCCAACUGUAAAGAGUCUGGAGGAAGGGGUUCCAGCAUGGGCAAGAAGAAGCAGCACAUCUGCCACAUUGCAGGCUGUGGGAAAGUGUACGGAAAGACAUCCCACCUGCGAGCACAUCUGCGCUGGCAUUCAGGAGAGCGACCUUUUGUUUGCAGCUGGAUGUUUUGCGGGAAGAGGUUCACACGCAGCGAUGAGCUACAGAGACACAGGAGAACACACACAGGUGAAAAAAAGUUUGUCUGUCCAGAAUGCUCCAAGCGCUUCAUGCGGAGCGACCACCUGGCGAAGCACAUUAAAACUCAUCAGAACAAAAAAGGCGUGAACUCUGGUAGCGCGGUGGUGGCUUCGAUGGAGUCGGCGGGGUCCUCAGACAGCAUCAUCACCACAGCAGGCGGGACUACGCUCAUCCUCACCAACAUCCAGCAGGGUUCCAGCACUGCCCAGGACAUCCUGGCCAACGCCGAGAUCCCCCUCCAGCUCGUCACCACGAUAGCAGCCAGCGAAGUCAUGGAGUGAUUUAUGCUCUAAUUGUGAACUUUGAGCACCUCUCUUAUACUCUUCCCCACAUUUUUAUUCAAGUUUUAAGACAUUUAAUUAUAAAUAUAUAUAUAUAUAUAUUUUAACACAUAAAUAGUCGGUCCAUGUCAGUACUCGGACUUCACUGAGGAAAAUGAGGAUGCGGACUCGUCACCAUGUGUAAAGACUUUGCGGUAUACACAAAAGGAAAUGCCUUAUUUUGUAUAAUAAUGUGCAGUCGGAAAUGUAGGACACCAUUUGGUUUUGAAUCUACUUUGUCAUUAUCUCUUUUUUCAUCACCCCAUA